AUGGCAUUCUGUCUGGUCCUGCGCAUGGCGCUGCUGCUGCUCUCUGGGGUCCUGGCCCCAGCAGUGCUCACAGCCGAGGGUCCGCAGGAGCCCGCGCCCACCCUGUGGAACGAGCCCGCCGAGCUGCCGUCGGGAGAGGGCCCCGUGGAGAGCACCAGCCCCGCCCGGGAGCCCGCGGCCACCGGGCCCCCGGCCCCCACGGCCGCGCCGGGCCCCGAGGACAGCACGGCGCGGGAGCCGCUGGACCCGGGCAGCGGCUCGCUGGGGCCCGGCGCCAUCGCCGCCAUCGUCAUCGCCGCCCUGCUGGCCACCUGCGUGGUGCUGGCGCUUGUCGUCGUCGCGCUGAGAAAGUUUUCCGCCUCCUGA